UCCCCCUCUUCACCGAAAAAAAAAGAAGAGAGAGAGAGAGAGAGAGAGAGAGAGAGAGAGAGGAGGAGGGGGAGGUGGUGUUUUUCGCGUGCUUUAAAGCUGUCACCUUUCGCUUUAUAUAAAGGGCUCCUCCUCCUCCCUCGCUUCUUCGCCACUGCACACUGAAAAGCGCUUUUAGCGAGAGAGAGAGAGAGAGAGAGAGAGAGAGAGCUGUAGCGAGAAGCGCUUUUUGGGGUGUUGGGGGGGAGAUGGUGAAGGUUAUAACAGGGGAGAAUCCAUCGGCUUUGGGCUACCACAUGCCCGCCGAGUGGGAGCCCCAUCUCCAGUGUUGGAUGGGUUGGCCUGAGCGGCCUGAUAAUUGGAGGGAGAAAGCAGGUCCGGCGCAAGCCACAUUUGCUCAAGUCGCGAUCGCGGUCUCAAAAUUCGAACCUAUUACCCUGUGCGCGAGUACCGCGCAGUUCACAAAAGUUUACGAAGAGAUGCAGCAUCACCCUAACAUCAGGGUAGUAGAGAUGAGCAUGAAUGAUUCCUGGUUCCGCGACACUGGCCCCACUUUUGUUCGUCGCGACAGGACAUCAGAUUCAUCUGGUGACGAACAACUAGUUGCAGGGAUUGAUUGGCAAUUUAACAGCUGGGGAGGACUAGCAGAUGGUUGCUAUGAUGAUUGGAGCCUUGAUAAUCUUGUUGCAAAGAAGAUUCUGGAACUGGAGAGGCAUCCUAGGUUCCCACAUCACAUGAUUCUCGAGGGUGGAAGUAUCCAUGUGGACGGCGAAGGUACUUGUCUUACAACAGAAGAGUGCUUGUUAAACCCGAAUCGGAACCCCGACAUGAGUAAAGAUGAGAUAGAGGAGCAGUUGAAGCUGUAUCUAGGGGUCGAAAAGGUCAUUUGGUUGCCUCGAGGGCUCUAUGGGGAUGAUGAUACCAAUGGUCACAUAGACAACAUCUGCUGCUUUGUUAAGCCCGGGGCGGUGCUCUUGUCGUGGACCGAUGACGAAUCGGAUCCUCAGUACGAGCGCUCGGUUGAGGCUUUAUCUGUUCUCUCAAACACUACCGACGCCAAGGGCCGGAAGAUAGAGGUAUUUAAGAUCCACAUUCCCGGACCGCUGUACAUGACAGAGGAAGAGUCUGCGGGCGUCGAAUCAUCGGGACAUGCGGUACCGAGACCGCCUGGUACGAGGUUAGCGGCUUCUUACGUGAACUUCUACAUUGCUAACGGGGGAAUUGUAGCGCCAGCAUUUGGCAAUAAAUGGGACGGGGAGGCUUACGAUGUUCUCAGGAAACUAUUUCCGGAUCACGAGGUUGUAAUGGUGAAAGGCGCAAGGGAAAUAGUGCUGGGAGGGGGCAACAUACACUGCAUUAUACAGCAGCAGCCUGCACCUAUCACAGAUGCAGCAAACUAAGAUCUCAGAGGAAUCUACAUAUUACUCUCCGCCGCGCAAUAAGAAUUUAUAUUUCUAGCAUUGUUCCAAGGCAGAAAUUGGGACAUGGUUGAGUAUGCUAUUGUGGUAGAUUAUUAUUAUUGUUAUUGUUAAGCAAUACAAUGGUAGCUUUUUCCAUGUGAUGUAAGUUGUUGAGGUACUCUAAUAAUAAUAAUAAUAAAAUCGUCCUCGCUGAUGGUCCAUCAUUUUACUGAAGA